GCGGCCGGGGAAGAUGGUGGAGGACGGCGCGGAGGAGCUGGAGGAUCUGGUGCACUUCUCGGUGUCCGAGUUGCCGAGUCGCGGCUACGGCGUCAUGGAGGAGAUCCGGCGGCAAGGCAAGCUGUGCGACGUGACGCUCAAGUGCCCUGGAAGCUCUGAUCAACUUUGCCUACAACGGCCACCUUGCCAUUGACCAGCAGAAUGUCCAGUCCUUACUCAUGGGGGCGAGCUUCCUGCAGCUACAGAGCAUCAAAGACGCCUGUUGCACAUUCCUACGAGAACGCCUUCACCCCAAGAACUGUCUGGGCGUGCGCCAGUUUGCCGAGACAAUGAUGUGCGCCGUGCUGUAUGAUGCCGCCAACAGCUUCAUCCACCAGCACUUUGUGGAGGUGUCCAUGUCGGAGGAAUUCCUGGCCCUACCCUUGGAAGACGUGCUUGAGCUGGUGUCUCGGGACGAGCUGAAUGUAAAGUCGGAGGAGCAAGUCUUUGAGGCUGCACUUGCCUGGAUCAGGUACGACCGGGAGCAGAGGGGAGCCUGCCUGCCCGAGCUGCUGUCCAAUAUCCGCCUGCCUCUCUGCCGACCCCAGUUUUUGUCGGACCGAGUGCAACAGGAUGACUUGGUGCGUUGCUGCCACAAAUGCAGGGACCUGGUAGAUGAAGCAAAGGACUAUCACCUCAUGCCAGAGCGCCGGCCCCACCUGCCAGCCUUCAGAACUCGGCCCCGCUGCUGCACGUCCAUCGCUGGCCUUAUCUAUGCCGUGGGCGGCCUCAACUCAGCAGGUGAUUCCCUGAAUGUGGUGGAAGUGUUUGACCCCAUUGCCAAUCGCUGGGAGAAGUGCCAUCCCAUGACGACAGCGCGGAGCCGCGUGGGUGUGGCUGUGGUGAACGGGCUGCUCUAUGCCAUCGGGGGCUACGACGGCCAGCUCCGGCUCAGCACAGUGGAGGUCUACAACCCCGAGACGGACACCUGGACCAGAGUGGGGAGCAUGAAUAGCAAGAGAAGUGCCAUGGGGACGGUUGUGCUUGAUGGGCAGAUCUACGUCUGUGGGGGCUACGACGGCAACUCAUCGCUCAACUCUGUGGAGACCUACUCACCUGAGACGGACAAGUGGACUGUGGUGACCCCAAUGAGCUCAAAUCGCAGUGCUGCUGGGGUUACUGUCUUUGAGGGCAGGAUAUACGUGUCGGGAGGCCAUGACGGCUUGCAAAUCUUCAACAGUGUGGAGCACUACAACCAGCACACGGCCACCUGGCACCCGGCGGCCGGCAUGCUCAACAAGCGCUGCCGCCACGGCGCGGCCUCCCUGGGCAGCAAGAUGUUCGUCUGCGGGGGCUACGACGGCUCGGGCUUCCUCAGCAUCGCCGAGAUGUACAGCUCGGUGUCGGACCAGUGGUGCCUGAUCGUGCCCAUGCACACGCGCCGGAGCCGGGUCUCCCUCGUGGCCAGCUGCGGGCGCCUCUAUGCCGUGGGCGGUUACGACGGACAGUCGAAUCUCAGCUCGGUGGAGAUGUACGACCCAGAGACGGACCGCUGGACAUUUAUGGCUCCCAUGGCGUGUCAUGAGGGCGGGGUUGGUGUGGGCUGCAUCCCUCUCCUCACCAUUUAAGACAGAGGAUGGGACGUGGUGGGGUCAGGACCUGGUCCAAACAUAGGGGUUUCCUUCUAGGAAGAGUUCCUCUCUAUCCAGAGAGGCGGCCGACUAGAAGGUGGGGUGGGAUGUGAGCUCGCGGAGGUACGGUUUUUUUCAGGUGCUGAAGCCUUCCCUGCUGUGCUGCCCUGUGACCUUCAGGCCUGGGUCAUCGAGAUACACAGCAUGGGACCGAAGCCCCUCCGGGUCCUGGCAGCUUGUGACGUGGAACUCCUGUUGGUCUGUGCCGGCACAGGCCGCGUCCAGGCCCGGGUCCCCACCACCACUGCAGCGCGGGCCAUCGGCUUCCUGACACUCCUCGCCUGCUUGCCAUCUGUCCAUGUUGUGGCCAGUUUGCCCUGAGAUGGCUGCAGGGGCCAAGCUCUUCAGAAGCGGGGGAUCGUGGCUGGGAGAAGA